AUGACGCGGGCAACUCGUCUCUUCUACGGAUUGGGAACGAUUUUCUCUCUGCUAGGCGCUACGGUUGCCGCGGAGAAUUCAACGACUACGGAAUGGCCACUGCACGAUGAUGGUCUGAACGAGGUCGUUCAAUGGGAUCACUUUAGUUUCCAGGUCAACAGCCAGCGAAUUUUCAUCUUCUCGGGUGAAUUCCACUACUGGCGUAUCCCCGUUCCGGGUCUUUGGCGCGAUAUCCUCGAGAAGAUCAAGGCAGCUGGUUUCACGGCUUUCGCCUUUUACUCGAGCUGGGCCUACCAUGCGCCCAAUAACCAGACGCUCGACUUUACCACCGGGGCGCACGAUUUCACCCCUCUCUUCGAGCUGGCCAAGGAACUUGGUCUGUACAUUAUUGUUCGACCCGGUCCGUACGUCAAUGCGGAAGCCAGUGCUGGUGGAUUCCCUCUAUGGCUGACCACCGGUGCCUACGGCACCCUUCGCAACAAUGAUACGCGUUAUACGAAUGCUUGGACGCCGUAUUUCACCAAAAUGUCCCAGAUCACCAGCAAGUACCAGGUCACCGAUGGAGAGAAUGCGUUGGUCUAUCAAAUCGAGAAUGAGUAUGGAGACCAAUGGAUCGGUGAUGCCUCGGACCGCGUGCCUGAUGAAAGCUCUAUCGCUUAUAUGGAGCUUCUCGAGGCUAAUGCCCGUGCUAAUGGUAUUACCGUGCCGUUAACUUCCAAUGAUCCGAAUAUGAACACGCACUCGUGGGGAAGUGAUUGGUCGGACGAGGGUGGUAAUGUGGAUGUUGCUGGAGUCGACUCGUACCCUUCGUGCUGGACUUGCGAUCUCAGUCAGUGUACCUCUACAAACGGUGAAUACAUCGCUUUCUCGGUUAUGGAUUACUACGAUUACUUCCAAGAGUCCCAACCCACCAUGCCUGGAUUCAUGCCCGAGUUCCAAGGUGGUUCGUACAACCCCUGGGGUGGUCCAGAGGGCGGCUGCGCCGAGAACUCGAACCAGGACUUUGCCAACCUCUUCUACCGAUGGAACAUUGGCCAGCGUGUCACUGCCAUGAGUUUGUACAUGUUGUUCGGAGGAACUAACUGGGGUGCCAUUGCUGCCCCGGUCACUGCCAGCAGUUACGAUUACUCGGCACCCAUCUCGGAGGAUCGAUCUAUUGGAGACAAGUACUACGAGACCAAGCUGCUGGCUUUGUUCACUCGCUGCGCGAAGGACCUGACCAAGACCAACCUCAUCGGUAACGGCACUCAGUAUACCGACAACUCCAACGUUCGAGCCUAUGAGCUGCGCAACCCCGACACCAACGCCGGUUUCUAUGCGACUUUCCACACCAACACCUCCGUCUCCACGAACGAGGCAUUCCAUGUCAAGGUGAACACCUCUGCUGGUGUCUUCACUGUUCCCAAGCAUGGCGGUGUGGUCCGGUUGAACGGACACCAGUCCAAGAUCCUGGUUACCGAUUUCACCUUUGGCUCGAAGACAUUGCUAUACUCUACCGCCGAAGUUUUGACCUAUGCCGUCUUUGACAAGACCCCCACUCUGGUCCUUUGGGUGCCCACUGGUGAAUCAGGCGAGUUCAAUGUCAAGGGCGCGAAGAAGGGAUCCAUCAACAAGUGCCAGGGAUGUUCUGGUGUGAAGUUCUACAAGGAAAAUGGCGGUCUGACUGCUACCUUCACCCAAUCUUCCGGCAUGAGCGUGUUGGAGAUUGAUGACUUCCAGGUUAUUCUGCUCGACAGAACUGCGGCGUAUAAGUUCUGGGCUCCUGCGCUCACUAAUGACCCGCUUGUACCGGAAACAGAGAGUGUUCUCGUUCAGGGACCUUACCUCGUUCGCGGCGCUACUCUAUCGGGUUCAAAGCUUGCUGUGACGGGUGAUGUUGUCAACGCCACGACUCUGGAGGUCUUCGCCCCCAAGGCAGUCAAGUCUAUUACCUGGAAUGGAAAGACCCUUCACACUCAGCGUACCGACUACGGUAGUCUGAAGGGCUCUAUUGCGGCAGCCAAGAAGGUUAGACUACCCUCCUUUGGAUCUUGGAAGAUCAAGGACAGUCUUCCUGAACGUCUGACUACUUAUGAUGACUCUGGAGCUGCGUGGGUUGAUGCGGACCACCAGUCCACCCAGAACCCGCGCACCCCCACGACCCUGCCAGUCAUGUAUGCAGACGAAUAUGGCUUCCACAAUGGUGUCCGUCUCUGGCGUGGAUACUUCAACGGCUCCGCAACGGGAGCCUACAUCAACGUCCAGGGUGGAUAUGCCUUCGGCUGGUCUGCCUGGCUGAACGGCCAAUUCCUCGGCUCCUUCCUCGGCGACGCCUCCGUCGAAGCAGGCAACCUAACGCUCUCCUUCACAAACGCAACCGUCAACACCAACAAGCCCAACGUCCUCCUAAUCGUCCACGACGACACAGGCCACGACGAAACAACCGGCGCCCUUAACCCCCGCGGUAUCCUCGACGCCAGCCUGCAAGGCUCUUCCUCCGGCUUCACCCACUGGCGUCUAGCCGGUACCGCCGGCGGCGAGUCAAACCUCGAUCCCGUCCGUGGCGUCUACAACGAAGACGGUCUCUACGGCGAACGUGUCGGCUGGCAUCUGCCCGGCUUCGACGACUCAGCCUGGACCAAGACUUCGAGUCUGAGCUUCACCGGUGCGACGGUGAAAUUCUUCCGGACUACCGUGUCGCUUGAUUUCGCGUCCGACACCGACGUCUCUAUUUCAUUCGUCUUGUCCACGCCGUCCAGCGCGACUAAGGCCUAUCGUGCCCAGAUCUUCGUUAACGGGUACCAGUAUGGUCGGUAUAACCCGUACAUUGGCAACCAGGUGAUUUAUCCCGUUCCGGCGGGUAUUCUCAACUACAAUGGUGAGAAUACGGUUGCUGUUGCGGUUUGGGCGCAGACGGAGGAGGGUGCGACUAUUGGGGUCGAUUGGCGGGUUAACUACGUUGCUGAUAGUUCGUUGGAUGUUGUGAGUGUUAGUGAUAAGGCGGAGGGAUUGAGGACUAAGUGGACUGAGGAGCGGAAGAAGUACGCUUGA